UUGAGAGGUGAGGUGGUGCGGUGGAGGAGUGGUCGCUCCAGAUAGUGGUCGCUGGAACCAGUUGGAAGGUUGAGGACCUGGUCGCUGCUACAUCUAUAGUGAUUUUUCUCUAGUUCAAUUUGGCUUGUGUCGAGUUAUACAGUACUAGCACGCAUCGGUUGUCACCAUGUCGCUUGACUCGGGGAUGUCACGUGAGGAGAAGGAGAAACUUCUGAAUCAGAAAAUGGAGAAUAUCCGACGCAAAAAUGAAGAACUUCGCAAACGACAUCAGGAAAUUGAAGCUGACAAGAAAAAUGCAGACAUUUUUAGCUCAAAAGUAACAAUGGAUGAAGUAAAGCCAUAUAAAAUGAAGGCCCCAAGGUCUCGUCCAGAAAGAUCAGACAAACCUCGUGAGAUGUUGGAUCAUCCUCCACCCCCUCGUCCUGCUGACAUUAUGCCUUCCAGACAGAGACUCUCUGAAAAUGAUGGUCCUCCACCUGAUCCCUCAUACCGUUUUCUGUCUGAUCCAGAUAGAGAUGGACUAGAAACAGGGAGAGACAACAAAAGAGAGCACUGGGGAAGGGGCGGAAGGGGAAGAGGUAAACGUGGUGGAAGAGGAGGAGGAGGAAGUUUAUGGGAAGGUUCAGAAGAUAAAGGCAUGGAAAUUGUAAGUGAUAGAGGAAGAGGUAACAUGAGAGGUGACAGAGGAGGAUCUAACUUUAGUGAAGGAGAAAUUGAUGGAAAACUAGACAUUGUUCAGACAGAAGGAGAGUUCGGGGGCCGAGGAGAUAAAGGCUUUAACCGAGGAAGGGGGAGGGGAAGAAGUAAUGGGAAUUCUUACGGCCCUGAUGGCGAACGAAGAUACGAGCAUGGAAGAGGAGGAAGAGGAAGGUUUAAUGAAAAAUCAAGACAAGAAAAUGAAAAUUUUGGUCCUGGAAAUGGUACAGAGAAUAGUGAGUGUGGUGGUGGUGGAGGGGAAGAUGGAAGAAGAGGAAAAAUAAGUUUUGCUUCACGAGACAUUCGGUAUUAUCCAGAUGAUGGUAAAGAUCAGAGACUUGAGAAAAGUAGGGGAAGAGGGAGAGGAAAGUAUGCUCAACGUCAUUCAUUUGAUGAGUAUGAUAAUACUGACAGACAACGUGAAAGGGGUCGAGGACGAGGAAAUUUUGAACACAGAAGCAGAGGAAGGGGAAGAGGUUACGGGCAGUACCAUGAAUAUGAAAAAUGGAAAGCCGAGAGGGAAGUGAUAGAUGAGGAAAGAUUGACGAGGGGACGCACUCAUGAAGGAGCUUGGCGCCGAGAAUGGGACAAUGAUAAGUUAGACCAGGGGAAUGUGGAGGAAACAGAGGCAGUUUAUGAUCCCAGGUAUCCAAGAAGUAAAAGUGAAGCUAUAAAGCUGGGUGAUUUUGUAAUUACUCCCGAGGCUGAAGCUGGGGAUUCAGGCCAAGUGCAAGUUGGUCACCCUCAAGCUGGUCACCCUCCUUCUCAAGGACAACAGGGAGACCGUAGAUCUAAUGCUGGCCGUGGCUCCCGCUCGAGCUAUAGAGGCCGAGGGAAUUACGCGACUCCUGAGAUUAAUGCCCAGAGGCAUGAAGAAGAAAUUGUGGCAGAGUUAGAGCAUGAUGGUGUGUUUGACGAGCGCACGAUAGAGGGCCAUGGUGAUUCCUUCACAGUAUCUGUUGCUACUACUAAUCAAAGCACUGCUGGGAAAUUUGUACGAGUUGGCUCAGGUCGUAGGGGAAAACCUGCAUCCUAUAUUGACCAUAAUGAGCGUGAGUUUGAAGAAAGUAAUGGCCACGGUGGGGACAAGCAGCAUCAGAAGGGCUGGGCUCGAGGAAAUAGGAACCCAAGAGGACGAGGACGUGGACGAGGUCAAGGGUAUGGCAGCUAUACUGGAAAGGAUAAAUUUGUGUCCAAGUCAGUUGUGGGGGAUGGCCAAGCAUCUGCUACCUCAGAUUCUACAGAGAACUUGGAGACUCCUCAGAAGCAUUUGGUUCUCUCUCAUUCCACCUCAAGCACCCAUUGUUCAACUCUUUAUCAAACUCAGAAGGCACUAAGUGAUGCAGAAGAUGGAGCUAGUGUUAUCACCUCAGCAUUACCUGCUGAUGAGUGUUCAUGGACACGUGGCAAUAGUGGUAAUGACAGCCUGGAAACAUCAGUACUUAGUGAAGGAGCUCCCAUGAAUGACAUUAAGGAUGAAGAAAUACCAGUGAAGGAAAUUUUUCAAAAUGAUCAGUGUAUCAACAAUGGUUCUGAUGAUCGACUUGAGACUGAACAAGAUCAACAUGCUGAACAGCAUGUUAAUGCCGAAGCAUUUGCAGAGGCAGAAGAAGAUUUUGAUGGAAAAAACUGUGAAGACUUUGAGGUAGCAGAGGGUAGGCCUAUAAAUAAAGAUUGUUGUGUUGAUGUAACUGACAAUGCUGUUUCUUAUGCUAUAAACAGAAAUGGUUCAUUAUCAUCAGGGUCUGUAGAUAUUAUAGAAGCCACAAACAGCUGCCAACAAGAAGUUCUUGCUGUUGAUUUGAAAGCUUCAACAAAAGAGAAUGUGUUAACUGAAGACAGUUCUAAUAUAGACUCAACUAUUUCUGUGAAUCAGGAAAACAUUGAAAAUAUAAUUACUUUACCAAAUCAGCAGAACAGAGAAGAAAGUGCUGGCAAUGAGGAAAAUAUUACAGGGAUAAAUGACAAGGAAAAUUCAGCUAAUGCCACAUCAGAGGAGCUGUAUAUUGAGAAUUCUAAUGAAAAAGAGUGCAGUGACUUCCAAAAAAAAUUUAGUUCAGAUGAGAAAACUGAGGUAAUUUACGAUGCUGAAGUUCCUAAAGAAGGUGAUUGUAACGAGAAUAAGAAAGCUGAGAAUUGCCUUACUCCCGCUUCUUCUCCGACUGCUACAGAACAACUUGUUCCUAACAUAGAGUGGAAAUAGCACAAGAUAAAAAAUUAAAGCUGGUUCGUUAUAUUUACUUAAUUACCAUGUUUUUAUUUAUUAAUAUAAUAUGUAAUUAAUAUAAUUUUUAACUAUAUAAUGUGAUAGACCUUGAGUGUUUAUAUUUAUAUGUUUAAAGGUACAGUAUUCUUAAAAAAAACUUAUAAUUUACUUUAUACCUAUAGACACUGUGUAUGUGUGUGUGUGUGUGUGUAAUUACCCAAGUGUAGUUGCAAGAUGAGAACUAUGCUCAUGGUGUUCCCUCUUCCCAGUACUCUGUCAUAUAACGCUUUGAAAGUACAGUACUGACGGUUUUGGCCUCCACCACCUUCUUAUUUAACUUAUUUCACUGUCUGUGUGCUUAAAAGCAUUUCUGAAGUUGGAAAGCAUUGUAUGGGUUUCUUGCACAAUGUCUUUUAUGUGGUCCUCAGGUGAUGGUUUAAUAUCUAGAGCCAUGCUCUAAAUAUCAUUUAGCCAUGCCUAAAUCUUUUAUUUUUUUUUUGUCCAAGUUAUUUUGUCUUUUCACAUAAUUUGUAGGUUGUGUGGGACCUAUUUAAUCCUAUUCCAUACUUUGAAAUGUGGCAGCUAUUCACAUCGAAUUCCAUCUGCCAAGUGUUGCUCUAUACACAUUUGUCCAGGUCGCCUUGAUGGGCAUGACAGUUAUCUAGGUCUUUUAUUUUUCCCUAGUAGCUUAGCAUCAUCAACAAAUAUGUUUAAAUAAUUCUGUAUUUCCCUGGAGAUCAUUUAUAUUAACAAUGAGCAUUACUGGGGCUUGAACCGAAUCUCGUGAUACUCCGCUAGUAACAUUUCUCUAAUCUGA